UCCUCGGUGUCAGAGAUAAUCUAAGCGGUGCAGAUGCGCCCUUGUCUUAUCAGAGCUAAAAAAUCCUCAAUGCAGAUGUUGUCCUGCCUACUUCUCGUCCAAUCACACGCUUUGGGCGGGGAGAAGGGUCGCUUUAAAAGUUGCGGCUGAUGUCAGAGAGAGCAGGAUCUACUGACCCACACAGAGAACUCCAAAGCCGACAUCAUGGUUGAAUGGACAGACUUCGAGCGUGCCACCAUCAUGGACAUCUUUUCUAAGAUCGACUAUGAUGUCGUGGGCCCCAGAGCUCUUUCCAGGUGUUUGGUCGUCUAUCCUUGGACUCAGAGGUACUUUGGAAACUUCGGUAACCUCUACAACGCUGCUGCUAUCAUUGCAAACCCAUUGGUUGCAAAACAUGGGACAACAAUCCUGCACGGUAUGGACAGAGCCAUGAAGAACAUGGACAACAUCAAGGAGACCUACGCCGAGCUGAGCGUGCUGCACUCCGAGAAGCUGCACGUGGACCCCGACAACUUCAAGCUGCUGUCUGACUGCCUCACCAUCGUGGUUGCUGCUCAGUGGGGCAAGGAAUUCACUGGUGAGGUCCAGGCUGCGUUCCAGAAGUUUCUAGCUGUGGUGGUCUCCUCUCUGGGCAGACAGUACCACUAGAGAGCUGUGACGGAAGACCGACUCAUGUGGAGCUUUUAUGGAGAACCUUUUUGUUUUUGUCUCAAAAACAAAUAAAACAACAAACAAAUUCAACAACUUAAUUGUGUUUGUAAUUUUACUUCAAAUCGAUCCCUGUGUCUUUAAGACAUAAUGAAAACAAAGUUCUGAUGACAGUUAAACUCAGGAGGUAAAAAGAACAGAAUGAGGUAGCAGUGAAUUAAGUAUUUUAAAAAAAUGUCCCAGAUGUGAUUUAUGGUUGGGUUAGAGAGGAGGUCAUCCACCAAACAGUAGGGCAGGUUAAAAAAAUUGAUCCAUCAAUGCAUUGCAAUUAUUAUUUUCUCAAUUCAAUAUCGAUUCAGGGAAAUCUUGAGAUCGAUUGUUUUUGUUGUAAUGACAGCCUUCUCCACUGGGGGCACUGGGGGUGCUGUG